CCUGUGGCACAAAUCCUCUCUGAAAUCAACUUUGGAUAAGCAGAUGAAGAAAACAAUUCAAAUUUUCAUUCUAAUAGUAAUACUGUAUAAAGAUCUGAAGAAAACAAAGCCUCGCACAUCGCUGCUGUCAUUUCCCUCAAUCACACACAAGCACAAUGAUCAGCCGGUCCAUUCGUACCAACCCAGCGACUGAGAUUAUAUUAUUCCAUUCUUUUUUUUACUGAGAUUAUUCCAUUCUAUAUGCCUUACUUAAGCCAGAUGACCACGAAUUUGCUGGUGUCCUAUAUUCCCCUAGCUGCUAGUACCUCCGAUCCAUCCCCUGCUUGCUUAUGAAGCGCGCACUCCUUCCAAAGCUAUCUAAGUUGCUCCUAUGGAGCUCGCGGUGAGCGCCACGACGGGUGCCUUGAACACGCUCCUUCCAAAGCUAUCUAAGUUGCUCGGCGAUGGAUACAAGCUGCACAAGCGCGUCAAAGAUGGGAUCAUACACCUCCAGAAAAAUCUGGAGAGCAUGCAGGUUGCACUGGAGAAGGUGUCGGAGGUGCCGACCGAGCAGCUUGAAGGGCACGUCAAGCUGUGGGCGAGGCAUGUGAGGGAGCUGUCCUAUGACAUUGAGGACACCAUUGACUCCUACAUGGUGUGCAGACAUGGCACCAGCCAUGACCAUGUGCUGAUGGAAGACCAGCCCGCCUCUGUGGGGUGCUGCAGCUGCAGCGCCAGCAUCAAGCAGUUGGUGAGCAGGAUGAAGGGCUUAUUGCCGCCGCUGCCGGCCACAUACAGGGCCCACCGAGCCAUCGCCAUGGAGAUCGAGCGAAUAAAGAACGAUGUCAAGGAGGCGAGUGAGCGUCGGGAGAGCUUCAAACUUGAUAGCAGCCUGCUUGUAACCCCAGCCCAGCCGAGGGAUCCUCGCUUGCCAGCUCUCUACGAAGACGUGGCCCAGAUUGUUGGCAUCGAUCGCUCCAAGGAGGAACUAAUACAACUGCUUUCGCUUGAGACGGACGACCCACUGAAUCAGAAGAAUCAGAAGAAGCUGAAGCUAGUCUCCAUCAUUGGCGCAGGAGGAUUAGGCAAGACAACUCUUGCCAACCUGGUGUAUCAAAGUUUCCGGCCGCAGUUUGACUGCGUAGCCUUCGUUUCGAUGUCCCUCAAGCCCAACAAUAAGAAUAUCCUCUGUAGCAUACUCCGGGGAGUAAGCCAGCAAAGGCCCGAAAAUGCUGAGGCAUGGGAAGAGAAGGAAGUCAUCGACAGAAUAAGAGAGAUCCUCAAGGAUAAGAGGUACUUCAUUGUUAUUGAUGAUUUAUGGGAUGAAUCAGCCUGGAAGCAUAUCAAGUGUGCCCUGAUUGAGAACAACCUUAGUAGUAAAAUAAUCACAACAACUCGCAUCAUGGGUGUUGCUGAAAUUUGUUGCUCCUCUGAUCAAGUUGAUGGCAGAAUAUAUGAACUGCAGCCUCUCUCUUUAGCUGACUCUGAAAGGCUAUUCUAUCACAAAGUUUGCCGACAAGGCAUACUCCCUCCUGAACUUAAGGACAUGAUUCAGAAAACCUUAAGAAGAUGUGGGGGCCUACCAUUAGCGAUUGUUACUGUUACAAGUCUGUUUGCUAACAACUGGGCACAGGUAGAUGACCGAUUGUACAGCUUAUGCAACUCUAUUCAAACCGGACUUGAAGACAACCGUGAUAUGAAGGACAUGCGGGGCAUACUAUCUCUUAGUUACUGUGACCUGCCUUCCCAGCUGAAGACUUGCCUAUUGUAUCUAAGUAUAUUUCCAGAGGAUCAUAUAAUUGAAAGAGAUGACUUGAUACGGAGGUGGAUAGCUGAAGGUUUUGUCCAUGCAAAACAUGAUAUCAACCUGUAUGAACUAGCAGAGAGUUACUUUAAGGAGCUGAUUAAUAGAAGCUUGAUACAACCUAUGCAUGUUGGCACCCAUGGUAGGUGGCAAGAUUGUCGGGUGCAUGACAUGGUACUCGAGUUUAUCACUUCCUUGUCAAUCGAAGAGAACUUUGUUACAAUAAUAAAUAGUACUACUAUGAAACCCGCAUCUAUACCAAGCAAGAUCCGUCGGUUAUCCCUCCAAGGCAACAUGGAGAAGCAUGCCAUAGUACAUCAUGCGACCAAGGAAGGAUUGUCCCAUGUGAGGUCACUUACUGUAUUUUGCAGAGCUACAGAUUUGAACCUGCCCCUUUCUAAUUUUCAACUCUUACAUGUCCUCGAAUUGAAAGACUGCUGUAGCUAUAACAUUAAGGGUAUUGGCAGCUUGCCUCACUUGAGGUAUCUGAGGCUUAGUUCUACACAUUAUAUUGAGCUUCCAGCCGAAACUGGAAAUUUGCAAUUUUUGCAGACACUGGACCUGGAACAGGCCAUAGUAAAGGAACUGCCAUCAACAGUGGUUAAGCUAAGACAGCUUAGGUGCCUUCAUGUUAACACGCAAACAAAGCUCCCCGAUGGGAUUGGGAAUAUGAAAUCUCUUGAAGAGCUGUCUGAAAUUGAUAUCAGCAAGUAUCCAUACCUUUUGACAGAGCUGGGCAAUCUAUCCAAGCUUAGGGUGCUUGGAUGUCUAUGCAAUCUGAAGAAGCUCCAAACACUCACUAUUUUUACUUCAUGUGUGUCCCUGGAUUUUAUGUCAGCAGCAGGUUUCUCACCACUUAGACUCCUCAGGCGAUUUUUGGCAUGUGUCUCUGGAUACCAUGAGAAUACAUUCGAACAAUUUGCACAAGUCAUCAAUCCAUUCUCUACACUACCAAGAUGGAUUAAUUCAUCGCUUCUGAAACUCUCUGACCUAUCCAUCAUGGUUUCCAAACUGUCGCAGGAGGAUCUUGAAGUUCUCAGGGAUUUGCCCACACUUUAUUCCCUUGAUUUGCACGUGGCAGAAGCCACAAGAGAAAAGCUAAUGAUCACCAGUAGUACCGGAGAGCCAGCUUUCCGGUGCCUAGUGAAGUUCAAGUUCGCAAGCAGUGCAAUGGUGCUGGUGUUCAAACGAGGUGCCAUGCAGAGGCUUCAAGUUCUUUCGCUCAGUUUUCGUCUCAAGGAAACGAAGACUGUUCUUGCCUGCUUCAACCAUGGCUUUCAGAAUCUCACCUCUCUUAAGGCUAUAGAUGUUGCAAUCAACUGUCACUCUGCUUUUCUUUGGGAGGUGAAGGCUGCAGAGGAUGCCAUAAAGAAUGCAGUCAACUUGAAUCCAAACCAUCCCACCCUUGACAUGACUAGGCAUUUUGAAAGGGAGAUGCUGUGGGAUGGAAAUCGAGCUAUCCCAGAGUUGGAAACUGAGAAACAACAACUAGCUGGGACUGGGGUUGCCAAGAUGGGGCCAUGUGGUGGGAAUGGAGGGAGGCCUCAUGAUGUCAAAGUGGCACCCCACCGUCUCAAAAGUGUGACAAUUUGUAGUGGCGCAGUCGUCAAUUCACUCUCAUUUUCAUACAGUGACCAUACUGGGAAAUAUCAUACUGCAGGUCCAUGGGGUGGCCAUGGCGGGAGCAAUCAUACGAUUCUUCUUGAUUCUUCAGAAUUCCUGAAGGAAGUUUGCGGAACAACUGGUUCCAUGCAUCCAGAUGCUGUUAUAAGGUCGCUUACAUUUGUCACCAACUCUGGUUGCUAUGGACCAUUUGGACGAAGAGAAGGAACUCCUUUCCGUGCAACAACACAUGGCAACAGCAGCAUUGUUGGCUUCUAUGUUCGUGCGGGUGUUCGUGUCAAUGCACUUGGUGUCUAUAUGAAUCGGGAACUUGAAAAGAUAAAGGACCAAGGAGAGGCCGUUCCCACCCAGUCUGGGCUUUCCAAAAUUGGGAUGUGGGGUGGCAGUGAAGGAUGGUCUCACGACAUCCAAGUGGCACCCCACCGUCUGGAAAGUGUCACAAUUUGUGGUGACAUUGGGAUUGAUUCACUCGCAUUUUCGUAUACUGAUCACAAUGGGCUGCGCCAUACUGCUGGUCCAUGGGGUAGUUAUGCAUUUUCACAUAAUGAUCACCAUGGAGUGCAGCAUAACGGAAGCGGCCACACGAUUUGUCUUGGCCCAUCAGAGUAUAUAACCGAAGUUCGUGGAACAAUCGGACCAUACACUACUCCAAACUCCAACCUUAUAACAUCACUUAAGCUUGUUACAAAUGUUGCUAGCUACGGGCCAUUUGGCCAGGGAGAAGGAACUCCUUUCCACAUUCCAGCGCAGAGUAACAACAGCAUUGUGGGUUUCUUUGGGCGUGCAGGUUGGUAUGUUGAUGCAAUUGGCGUCUAUAUCAACGACCAAGAUUUGGAAAAAACAAAACACAAGGAAAAGGUUGAGAUUUGCAAGACCGGACUGUGGGGUGGAAAUGGAGGGUUUCCAUGUGACAUCAAGGUGGAACCAUAUCAUCUGGAAAAUGUUACAAUUUGCAGCGGUGCGGUGAUAGAUUCACUUGCGUUUUCAUUCCGUGACCAAAGUCAGCACCAGCAUACUGUUGGUCCAUGGGGUGGUAAUGGCGGUCGUAGCCACAUGAUUCAGCUAGGCCCUUCAGAAUUCCUGUUGGUCUCUGGAACAUAUGGCCAAUUCAGUUCUGCUGUUAUAACAUCACUUACACUAGUCACUAAUUCUGCAACCUAUGGACCAUUUGGCCAUGGAGGCGGUACUCGUUUCCGUACUACAGCUCAGCACAACGGCGGUGGUAGCAUUGUUGGCUUCUUUGCGCAUGCAGGGCAAAGUGUUGACGCAAUUGGUGUCGUCUAUGCAAACCCUAAGCAGGAUGAUACACAGGCUGGGCUUGCCAAGAUUGGGCCGUGGGGCGGAAAUGGAGGGUGCCGUUAUGACAUCAUGGGGACGCCACCUCACCGUCUAGAUAGCAUAGCAAUUUGCAGUGACACAACUGUAAAUUCUCUUGCGUUUUCAUAUAGUGACCACCAAGGCUGGAUGCACUGCGUAGGUCCAUGGGGUCGUCAAAGCGGGGUCCAUCAAAUGAUUCAGCUUGGUCCUUCGGAGAUUCUAACUGAAGUUUCAGGAACAUUCGGUCAGUUUAGUUCCGAUGUCGUAACCUCACUUACACUGGUUACAAAUGCCAAAAGCUAUGGACCUUUUGGACAAGAAAAAGGAACUCCGUUCCAUACCCCAGCGCAGGGCAACGGCAGCAUCGUUGGUUUCUAUGGGCGUGCGGCAUGGUUCCUCGAUGCAAUGGGACUCUACGUCAGCCCUGAGCAAAAACAAAUGAAUGUAGUAGAAUAAGGAGUACCGAUCUGCUUCAAUUCGCGAAAGACUUCGCCCUUUAAUUUGAAUAUAAUGAUUUUUCUAGUUACUGUAUCAAUGACUGAUGGGAUUGUAUUACGAUAAAUAAAUAAUAAAAAUGAGGAUACAUGCCCAUAUUAUGGAUGA